ACAAACCAAAAGGACAGCGGGUAGGUGAGGAGAGGCCAUGGAAUAUCCGCCAACAAGAUAAUUAAUCAUCGCUGCAAUCACUGGACGUGUCUGAAUGUAGGCUACAGCCGUCCUGAAGGUUGAUGGAGGGCCAUGCUAUUCAAACAGCAGGUGUGGCUGAGACAGAAGCUCUUGGUGCUGGGAAGCCUCGCCGUUGGCAGUCUCCUGUAUCUAGUCGCCAGAGUUGGGAGCUUGGAUAGGCUACAGCCCAUUUGCCCUAUUGAAGGCCGACUGGGUGGAGCCCGAGGUCCGGCAGAAUUCCCUCUCCGAGCUCUGCAAUUUAAGCGUGGCCUGCUACAUGAGUUCCGGAAGAACAACGCUUCCAAGGAGCAGGUUCGCCUUCAUGACCUGGUGCAGCAGCUCCCCAAGGCCAUUAUCAUUGGGGUGAGGAAAGGAGGCACAAGGGCCCUGCUUGAAAUGCUGAACCUCCAUCCGGCAGUGGUCAAAGCCUCUCAAGAGAUCCACUUUUUUGAUAAUGAUGAGAAUUACGCCAAGGGCAUUGAGUGGUAUAGGAAAAAGAUGCCUUUUUCCUACCCUCAGCAAAUCACAAUUGAAAAAAGCCCAGCAUAUUUCAUCACAGAGGAGGUUCCGGAAAGGAUUUACAAAAUGAACUCAUCCAUCAAGUUGUUGAUCAUUGUCAGGGAGCCCACCACCAGAGCUAUUUCUGAUUACACUCAGGUGCUAGAGGGGAAGGAGAGGAAGAACAAGACUUAUUACAAGUUUGAGAAGCUGGCCAUAGAUCCGAAUACUUGCGAAGUGAACACAAAAUACAAAGCGGUAAGAACCAGCAUCUACACCAAACAUCUGGAAAGGUGGCUGAAAUACUUUCCAAUUGAACAGUUUCACAUCGUGGAUGGGGAUCGCCUCAUCAUGGAGCCUCUGCCAGAACUUCAGCUCGUGGAGAAGUUCCUAAAUCUCCCUCCAAGGAUAAGCCAAUACAAUUUAUACUUCAAUGCUACCAGAGGGUUUUACUGCUUGCGAUUUAACAUUAUCUUUAACAAGUGCCUGGCGGGCAGCAAGGGGCGCAUUCAUCCAGAGGUGGACCCCUCUGUCAUUACCAAAUUGCGCAAAUUCUUUCACCCUUUCAAUCAGAAAUUUUACCAGAUCACUGGAAGGACAUUGAACUGGCCCUAGAACAAUAUGUGGUACAACACUAUGUGUUAUGCCUGGAGAUACACAAGGUCUCCUCCAGAUUAAAAUAUGCACUUUUCCUAGACAUAGCUCUCCACGUCAUUUUAUCCAUGUAUACUUGUGCAUAUGCAGUAUGUGACCAAAUAUAAGAGCAGUUCCUUUUCUACUGAAAAUUUAC